AUGCCACCCAAAUCUCACAAGCGCUCGCGUAAGGAAGGGGAGGUGGAGGAGCCACUUCUGACAGAAAACCCCGACCGCUACGUUAUCUUCCCUAUCAAGUACCCUGACAUAUGGCAGAAGUACAAGGAGGCGGAGAGCAGCAUCUGGACGGUGGAGGAAAUCGACCUUGGGAAUGACAUGACAGAUUGGGAGAAGCUGGACGACGGCGAGCGACACUUCAUCAAACAUGUGUUGGCUUUCUUCGCGGCAAGCGAUGGCAUUGUGCUGGAGAACCUUGCGGAACGGUUCAUGUGCGAAGUGCAGGUACCUGAAGUUCGAUGUUUCUAUGGGUUCCAGAUUGCUAUGGAAAAUAUCCAUUGUGAGACAUACUCCGUGUUGAUCGAUACGUAUGUUGUGGAUCCCGACGAAAAGCAACGACUGCUACAUGCCAUAAGGACGAUUCCGUGUAUUGAGAAAAAGGCCAAAUGGGCGAUUGAAUGGAUUGGCAGUCAGACUUCGUUCCCUACGCGGCUCGUCGCGUUUGCGGCUGUCGAAGGCAUAUUUUUCUCUGGCUCGUUCUGCGCCAUUUUUUGGUUAAAGAAGCGUGGCUUGAUGCCCGGGCUCACCUUCAGCAACGAGCUGAUUUCACGUGAUGAGGGUCUGCACACUGACUUUGCUUGCCUAUUAUACGAGAAGUAUAUCGUAAACAAGCUGCCGAGGGAUCGUGUGCUUGAAAUUAUAUGCAAUGCAGUAUCAAUUGAGCGAGAGUUCAUUUGCGAUGCAUUACCUGUCCGCUUAAUUGGAAUGAAUUCUCAGCUGAUGACUCAGUACAUUGAGUUUGUCGCCGAUCGGCUCCUGGUGUCCUUGGGGUACGACCGUCAUUGCAACUCGAAGAACCCAUUUGACUUCAUGGAUAUGAUUUCUCUUCAGGGGAAAACUAACUUUUUCGAGAAGAAGGUUGGUGAGUAUCAGAAGGCUGGUGUGAUGAGUUCCGAAAGGUCGUCAAAGGUUUUCUCUCUGGACGCAGAUUUCUAG